AUGGCGCUAUGUGACUCAAAUUAUUGUUUUAUUUGGGUAGACAUCGGUGCUUAUGGUAAAGACAGCGAUUCGGGAGUUUUCAAAGAGUCCACGCUUUACAAGAAGCUAACAGAAAGGUCACUGGAUAUACCUGAUGCAACGCCAAUAAUAACAGAGAAUAAAGAGGGAAAAUUACCAUAUGUUAUAGUAGCGGACGAAGCGUUUGCCAUGAUGGAGAACUUAAUGAGGCCAUACGGUGGAAAAACCUUAUCACAUGGAAAAAAGUAUUCAACUAUAGGUUAA